AUUACCAGGGCAGAAUGGGUCGCAGCUCAUAAAACAAUUGACAAAAUGAGCAGUGCUAUCGCAAGCAAGAACCUUUACGACCUCCUGGGCAACGACCCGGAUCAGGAUCCUGAUCGGGCGCCGGACCCACCUGUCAAGGUCGUCGACAAGCCAGCUCCACGUGUCGGGAAGCGCAAUGUCGCUACCUCUGACCCUCUCGCGGAUCCUCUGAGACCGAAUGCCGGACGUACAGGAGGAGGACGUGGUGAUCAGGCUGGAUCCAACAACCGUGAGCAGCGCGACGACCGCAACCGCAAUAGGGAAGCGCGUGGUGAUCGUGGUGAGGGACGCGGUGAGGGACGUGGCCGUGGAGGACGUGGACGUGGAGGCCGAGGCGGUCGCGGCGGCGCCCCUCGCGAUGAUCGUCACAGCCACACUGGCAUCCAGGAGCACGAGAAGCAAGCAGCUCACGGCUGGGGCGCUGAGACCGGCACUGCUGAAUGGGCGGACGAGAGAGCCGGCGAGGCAAUCGCUAGUGCCGAGGCUAAGAACGACGCCGGCUUCACUCCCGACACCACUGGUGCUGACCCAGCAUUCUCCACUGGACCAGGUGGUCCCGGUGAGGUAGUAGGCGAAGAUGCCGUUGCCGAGCCAGAGGAUAACACCAAGUCCUACACCCAAUACCUCGCUGAGCAAGCCGAGAAGCGCGCAGCACUCUCCUCAAACCUCUCCGUCCGUCAGGCCAAUGAAGGCUCCAAGCAGCAAUUCCCCGAGGGCAAGGCUUUCUCCCGCGAGACCGAGGAUUUCAUCGCUGGAUCCGGCGGCAAGGCUCGCAAGGCCAAGGAGGCUCAGGACAAGAAGGAGCGACUCACUCUGGAGGGUCAGUACUACCAGGCUGCCGAGUCUGGUGACCGUGGUGGACGUGGCGGCCGUGGAGGUCGUGGCGGCGGACGUGGUGGUGGUGGACGUGGCGAGUUCAGGGGAGAUCGUGGCUCUCGAGGCGGACGCGGCCGUGGCGACUCUAGAGGAGGUGCCCGCGGCGGUGAGCGCACUGAGCAACGCGGUGGUGCCCGCGGUGGUUUCAAUGCUACCGAUGCGGCUGCCUUCCCAGCACUCGGAGGAGCAUAAACGCCCCUAUCACUCCACAACACACGGCAAGCCUCUUCUCAGCAAAGCUUGUACCUUUGUCGAUGAUGCAUCUUUGAUGCAAUGUCUGACGAAUUCCCACUCUAGGGUUCUGGCAAAGUAGUGCCAACUGGGCGCAUGAGAGCACAUGUCUCAGUACAGAUAAUCGAUCAAAAUGGGACCAUUCAAUCUGUC